GCAACAGUAAGAUUUUCGUUUGACAUAUUUUGUCAUAUGUUUAACCUUUUAUGAUAGAAAAAUGGAGCAAAUUGCACACAGUUUGUAAAUAACCAACUACUUGACUGUAAAUAAUACUCAAUUACUCGUAAAAAUUCUUAUUAAAAUUAAGCAAUAAAUCGUGUAACAAUGUCUGUCGAUUCCGUUGACCCUCGCAUACAGAUAGAACUUGAGAAGCUAAAUUCGGCUACGGACAACAUAAACAAGUUUGAAGUUGAAUUGGAUGAAGCAAAAUCGGAUUUUAGGUUACUGUUGGUGGAGAGUGUCGAGAAAAUCAAACAGUCCGCACAUAAGUUGACAAAUUCUAUUCAAACCGCAAAACCUUACUACGAGGCUCGACUGUAUGCAGCUCAGCUUCAAAAAGAAUGUCAGCAAGCAGCAAUCAAUCAUGAGAAGGCAAAAUCAAUUCACGUAGCCGCCAAAGAAAUGGUAAUGCUAGCUGAACAGGGACUGGGUGAACAAUCAACAUUAGACACCGCAUGCCAGGAAAUGUUGAGCCAUGCAGCUAGUCGAGUGAACCAAUCUCAAAUUGAAUGCAUCGAAUCGAGGAAUGUUUUGAAAAUCUGUGAAUUAAAACAAGAUGUAGCUAAUAGUCGGGUAGCCAAACUCCAAUCUCAACUGAAGAGCUCCAUAAAGGCCUCAAGUUUCAAUGUACGCAGAAAUCUUCUGUUGAUCAGUAUUUGUGCACUCAAAUUCGAGUUAUUUUUUUCACCGUACUAUGAAACUAGGGCCAACUACAAUGGCAUUUUGAAGGAGCAGAAAAAGCGAAUCGUCGAAUUGGAAUUGAAAGUGAGUAAUGCAAAGGCUAGCUACAAUGAUGCCCUUAAAAGUUUAGAACAGAUAUCGGAAGAGAUCCACAAAAUGAGAGAGGAGCGUCGGUUAAGCAAUGAAAUGGCUGAAAAUUAUGAUGCCAACGACUGCAUCGAAAAUUCCACCAGCAAUUUCACCGACGAAUAUCUGGAUUUUCCAUCGAAACUAAGCACCAAAUCGAGUCCAAUUAGACAGAAAAAUAUUGAGAAAUUAGACUGUCCGCAUUUAAUACGCGAUUUUGAUUCGUAUCCGCAACAAGGCAGCUCCGCAGAAUUGAAUUCACCGGGUAAAAGUGACGGAACAUUCGUAUCAAACGAUGAUAUGGAACAAUGGACCGAAAUUCGCCUAUCAAAUUCGGAGAGCACCAGUUCUGGAUAUUCACAGCAUUCUCACAUCGACGACAGAACAACGACAACAACGGAAAAUUCCAGUUUAUCAUCGGUUGGCGGUGGUAAUCCGAAAGUGACAUGCACUACGAUAUUCAGUUUGGACGAUAAUAAUGUGACGACGGGUGGCCGUAAGGACAACGAACACCUCAGCAACUGGAUAACGAGAUCAAAUGCCAAAAAUUCGAGCCGACGUCAAAGCUUGGACAUUUUAAUUGAUGCUAGCGAUAAGGUCAAAGAUGUGUUUGCGUUAAGUUUUCAGAAAGUUGGAAAAUCGUUGGAACGGCGCAAUAGCGAAUCGGAAGUGAGUUCGGAUUCGUCGGAUUUUUUCUCAUUUAGCAGGUCGGAAAACAAGGACGGAUUAUCAGAUGAACAAGUCGAAAAUUUACUGUUAAAUGAAGACUGCACUGAUAUGUUAACCAUAUCAAAGUAAAUCAUUGUAUAACUCGCACAAAAUUACCAACGGCUGCAUAUAUUUUAAUCAACAUGAGGCUGAUGUGGAGGCUGCAAAAAUGCAAAACUAAUUUUAUCACAAAGAAGAAGGAGAAGGAAAACAGCAAAUGAGAGCAAAAACCCAUUUCAAGUCUUAAUUGAAACUAAUCUAGUCAUUUUAGUCUGAGAAUUAGAGUUAAUUUCUUAAUAAUAGUUGCAAUUUGUGAGCAAUUUCAAAAAUGUGUACCUUGAUCAUAUUUAUGCAUGAUGACGAUGAAUGUUACAGUUACGAGAAAGAAAAUAUCAUUUUCGGCCACUUUAUUAUGGCUAAGCCAACACGA